AUGGAUUCAAGUCCAGCCGAUCCAGAGGAUCCGCCUCCCCCUCGCCUCCCUCCCCCUUGUAAAAGAAAAUGGUCCCUUGAUUACGAGCGGGAGAACGAGGACGAGUUAGAUCCCAGGAUGCUUAGCGAAGCACUGUUGUGCGGCCAUUUGGUGGAAAGCACAUGGUAUGGCGGUUUUGUUUCGUUAUGAUCAGAAAUCUUCCCAGCCUAGCUUCCAAACCUUAAAACUUUCCACCAGAAGCAAAGGAAAAAAGGAUAGGAACCUUUAAGUUCGAAAAUAGCCACGAAUUAGGCGCUUUCAACUUCGUGCUCUUGCCAUCAGCUCUUGGAAAGCUAAGCCUUACAUCGGCCACGGAAAUCCACGUAAGCCUAUAUUUUUGUUCAGCUGUUUUUAAUGCCUGUAAUUGUCCUUUUUUCUGUCCUUUUAGUGUCCUUCAAACCCACUGUGAUGACUAGAAUAAUCCCAGCUCGCUUUGAGUUUCAUAAAGGAAGCGUUGAAGAAAAAAGCAUUCUCUAAAUGUUUUGUCUGAGUGGGUUUUCAGUGAACACACAUGACACCAAUAGACAUUACAUACAUACAUUUACAUUUAUUUGAUAAGUAGGUUUGAAUAAGCAACUGUACUUUUUGGAUUCCGGAGUUUCUUUUGACGUAAAAUUGUCUAAUACUUUCAGUUUUCUAAGUCCAUUUCUGUUAUAUUUCUAGGAAAACUGUGUGCAAGAGACAGAGAAAAACAAAUUCCAUCGCCGUUAAGUACUGUUGUGACUAAGUGAAGCAUCACAAAUAACUAUCAUGUUGCUUGGAGUACCUGUGAGCCACGCUGCCUCCCUGCAGGUGAGAGAAAAUGUUUUUGCUAAAAGUUCUCUGACGAGAAACAAUAGAUAUCAAUGCAAAAUCGUGAAGAUUAUUUAUUUCUGAAUUCUUCAAUUUGAGAUACAUGUACAAGGGUUGAGUUUAAGGUUGUAAGUAAUAGAAAUACCGUACAGGUAGAAAUACUGCUACAGUGUAGGAUAUGACCAAAAAAAAAUCAUUUUAUUGGUGCUAAUGCUAAGGGGUUUAAUGUACAAUAUAAGGGGUUUAGACACAAACAGAAUGCUCUAAUGCUUUGAGAGUCAAGCACACAUAAAUGAGAACUUCUUGAUGGGCUAUGUAUUGUAAAACUGUAGGUAACUAUACCUGUGAAGUGACACAACCUCCCAAAUUUAGGGACUGUGGGGGAAAUUGCUGUCAUUUUGGGGAGGUCUUGUAAUGUAACUAACAACAACAAUGAUCUUAAAUUUUUCCUAAUUCGAGUUAUUGACAAAAGUGCACAGACUCACAGGUAGCUAGUGCUAAUCUUGGCAGGCCAGUCAAUUCACUUGUAGGGAGUAAUUUUAUUCAACCACUGUGAUGACUAGAAUAAUCCCAGCUCGCUUUGAGUUUCUCAGUGGAAUGCUGAAGAAAAAAGUAUUCUCUACCUUGUUGGUCUGAGUGGAAUGAUUAACACUUUAUGUGUACAGUGUGCAGUAGUUAAGUUGUCUGAGCAGAGUAGAUGAGUUGAACAUACAAUGUGAACAGUAACUCUGUACAAUACAUUCAUUCACCUACCAUAAUCUACCUCUUAUAACCACCCCCCUCCAGUUAUAUACCUGCAAACAAACGAAAGUAUCCGUUUAUAAGCCCUCUCUAAAUAUAUUGAAAUAAAUUUCAUUUACUAUGUUUUGUAAUUAGCACUGCCAUAGUUUGUUUCUCAGCUCUUUUUCUAGUUCUGUUAUAAGCCCCAUCGGAUAUAAACCCCUCCAUUUACAAGCCCUCCCAAAACCCGUUACAAAGAUGUCUAAACCCUGGGCUUAUACACAGCAGUUUACAGUAUGUACAAUGUAAACUAGAAGUUGUUGUAUCUGCUUUGGCCAUCCUCUGAAAGUUUACUUUAUGCAUUUUACAUGUAUUCAGGUGAAAGCAAUUACCUUACAUUGAAAAGAAGGAAUUGGCCACUUCGUGCAAAAUCACAUUUUUGUUGGUGUGUAACUGACCUUUUUUUGUUUUUCAGAUUCAGUGCAAAGAUUUGCUUUUCUUAUACAAGGUGGCUAUCAUGCAUUGAUGCAUAAUAACUAAAAGAGGUAAGAUAUUUUUAUACUUGGUGUACAUUGUCUAACUACACAGUACCUUCAUGUGUUAAUGAAACUAUAAACAAUAUAACUGUCUGUGCAUACAGGUCAUAUUAAUAUAAGUAGCUAUUGUUGUUGAUGAAGAAGAAAAUGACAAGCAUAUGACUGAAUGUUGUAUGCUGAAAGUGAAUUUUCUGAGACAGCAUUACCCUAGCAGUGUUCCCUGACCCAACAGAUGAAACAUAAAUGUUAAGUUGAAUAUAACCAAAUAAAAUUAGCUCAUGGUCUGGGUGACCCCUCAGAUGGUCUAUGUGGCCCCCCACUUGAAAGAAUUAACUUGAACGUUUCCCUACAGUUGAACAAUGUGUUUUUUUGGUAUUGUAAUAUGGAGAGGAUAGAUGGCAUGGUCAGGUUAAUAUCUUUCAUAUUGUCCAUCAUUGCACUUUUUAUUGCAGCAUGUAUUGUUUUCAUCAGCUGUAUAUGUAAUAGCAGUGCUCUGGAAAGUGUGAUGUUACACAUGUGUCACAGGUGAUAAAUACUUUCAGAUCUUUUCACAUUGCACAUACUUCACUGCUGUGUACAAAACUGUAGUUUUAUUGAAUGCUGUCAAUGAAGAGUAAGUUUUUAUAGACAAGCAUAUGUCUGAAUGUUUUUGCUGAAAACCUAACAUUGUACAUCAGAGACAGCAUGCCACUUCAAAAGUUUGACCAGGACUCUUAACAGCUACCUGUAGGUUGGACUCCAGCAAUAAUUUACUCUGCAUGAUUACUCCAGAUUUUCAAUAUAGGAGUCUGAAUAAAGUUAGAAAAAUUAAUUUUGUUAUCUCAACCAUACUACAUUGUGUAAACCUUCAUGUACAUGCACAUAAUCACAUGUGCUAAUGUGAUGUGUGAAUUUUAUAGACUGAUCCAGAAGAAUCCUUGUGCUUGGUUGUUUGUGGGCUGUUGUUUUGUGAAGGUUAGUUCUCCUGUCAUUGCUUCUGCAUUCAACUUCCUGUUAUGUUUGAACUGUAUUUUUUGUACCAUUAUAAAAGCAAUGGCCAAAUAGUGAUAUUUUAGGCAGGGUAUUAAUUGUUACUCAAAGAUGUUCAUAAUUUUAAGGAUUUUCACAGAAUUUUCACCGUAUUACAUUAAACUACUCGCUAAAAAACUUGCAGUUGCAAAAGUGGAUUUGCAUUUUUGGUAUAUUAUUACUUUUAUACUCGACCUUGUGCUGUGUUUAUCAAGUGAUGAGAUAUUUCACAGACCUGUUCUGACUGUUAGUGAGGAAUGUGAAAUUGUCCUCUGAUGAUAAAUAUAAUAGUUGUAAUCAUAUUUUUAGCCAGUUCAUUCUUCCCUAAUCUCUAAGACUAAAGUAAACUCAUUUCAAUACAUUCAAACUUUCAUUUUCCCACCACUUGGCUCUCGACUUGCAUCUUCAUUUCCCUUUUCCUUGCCUGGAGAAAAAAAAGAACACUCCCUAGAGGUCAUCCAGGAAGUAGCCAAUAUGGAAGGUGUUCAAAAGGGAGGGGUAAAAUGACCUUUUGCAUUCCUGCUCACCCCAAAAUUUGUUGUCCCUUACUGUUUUGAAUGCCUAUGAAGCAGGCUUGUCAGUCUAGAGUAAGCCUAUAUUGCACAUUCUUAUGUUUUAGGAAUGACUACUGCAGUCUUGGUGUGGUGAAAAGAAAUAUCUUUAUUUUUAGUAGGUAAGAUUGUGCGUGGACAAGAAAUAUUCAUUAUUUUACAUACUGUUGUGCUGAAUAUGCUUAAUUAGUUUCUAAAUAAGAAAUAGAUAAAUAAUGAUUUGGAGUUAGCACAUCCACAGAAUUGUUCUUUGUCUACCUGAUUCCUGAUCAAUUGGAACAGAGGGGAAACCGGAGUACCCAGAGAAAAACCUCUCAGAGCAAACGAGAGAACCAACAACAAACUCAACCCACAUAUUUGAACCUGGGCCACACUGGUGGGAGGUGAGUGCUCUCACCACUGUGCCAUCCCAUGCUCCCCAGCAAAUGGCAAUGCUAAAUUGAGUAUUAUUUAGCUCUCAGGGGAUUGAAACGAUCUUGAAACAAUAAUAUUGCCUUCUUGGAAAUGAAGAGUAUAUGUGACGCUGCACAUUAAAUGCAGAACACACAAGUACACGAUCUUAACUGGGAAGCCAUGUAGAUCUCUUACCCAUCCCAUACCAGUAUAUUUAGGAACUGUGAAAGCACAGCUGAGUUUGCUUUUGAUUUCCAUGCAAUUGUAAACUGAAGACAGUGUAAUGGUACAGUUGUAAUUGACUCAACAGCACUCUAAACUGUUUUCUGGUCCUCCUGUUGGUUAUGUCUUACAUGUAUUUUUUAUCUGUUGUGAUGAGCAGUGAAGAUAUAGUAGUCUCGUUCGUAUGAACGUCAGUGAUUAAAGCAAAUGUUACAGAGCUCUCACAAAAUGAAUUGAAUGCUGUGUGAUCGUGUGUAAAGCUGUUUACAGUUUAUUCAUGAUCCCCACUGUAUUUUUCCUUACAGGUCUGACUGUGUGAGGCCAUCAGUUUCCAUUGUCACUGGAGACAGCUUGUGUUUUACCAUUACUGUGUAUUACUGUAAUAAGUACUAG